AUGGUAUGCACUGCGGCAACAAUAUUUUCAGUGCUUGGAGUUCGGUCAUCAGCAACACUGAUAGUAGUCAGCGUUAUGUACAGAUUUUUCUCAGGCGCCUGGCUCUCGGUGUCUAUGGCUGCGUUAGCAUCGCUUUCUCGAAGCCCUCAGGAGGUUGGAGCGCGUAUUGGGUUGGCUCUCGCUCUAAGUAGUGCCGCUGGGUCUCUUGUAUCCACCCCUAUCCAAGGUGCCUUACUGGGUAGUGAAUUCCGUUGGAGCAGGCCUGCCAUCUUCUCGGGGGUGUUCAUGUUGAUUUCAGUGGCGUUUAACUUGGUGACACGGGUUCUCCUGGCCAAAGAGCGAGGAACACAGAAGGUGUAA